AUGAAGUUCUUCUACGGCGCUCUGCUGGUGCUGGGCACAGCCAUCAUUGCCCAGGCGGCCGUGGCCCGCUCUAGCGAAUCCAACGAAGCCCCACAGGAGUCCGCCCAGCAGACCAAGUACCGCCUGUUCAAGCAGCCCGUGCAGAUCGAGGCGCGCAACCUGCAGCAGCUCCUGGCGCUGAAGCAGCCCUCCUCCUGCCCGCCGACCACCUCGGGCACCUCGAGCCCGAUCACAACCACGUCGAUAAUCGAGCCGACGGCACCGACCACCACCGUGACCACCGUGACCACCACGCCCUCGGUCACCACCAGCUCAGACGCGGCUCGCGGCUUCGCGAACAACGAGGACGAGGAGGACGACGAGGAGUUCUACCAGGAGGAGGAGAAGUACCUCAAGGAGCAGGACGACGAGCAGGAGGACGAGCAGGCGGACGCGGACGGCGAUGACGAGCCCUUCCAGCUGGUGGCUCCCAAGCGCUCCGGCUCCGGCUCCGACUCCCUGCGCCGCCGCGCCUCCGGCGGCAACCUCUCCAACAACGACCUGAUCCGCGAGAUCGAGCUGCGCCGCCAGAAGGACAUCAACGAGCAGCUGCGCAAGGAGCUCUCCGCCGCCCGCCGCCGCCUCACCCAGAACCGCCGCCGGGCCACCAACAACCGCCGCCGCCUGCGCCGCCAGCAGCAGCAGCAGCGCCGCCGCCUCUCGCGCCGCAACCAGCAGCAGCGCCGCACCCAGCAGCAGCGCCACCAGAACGCCCGCCGCCGCCUGCAGCGCAACAACCGCCUCAACCGCCUGCGCCAGCGCCGCCGCGCCAACCGCCGACGCAACUGA